UUAAGAUGUGACUCAGGGAAAGGAGCUUCCUGUGCAGUCAGAUAGCUGCCUCACUCCUGAGUUCCCUUUAUUCUGGGAAAAGUAAGCGCUCAGCAACUUCAUGACUUCAUUUCGGCUAAGUGUGGGGACCAGAUAGGAUUUGUUGGGACCUCGGAGAUCAGUUCUGGAGCCUUCUGCUUCCACCUCAGUGGCUUCGGCUUGGCAAUGGAGCCUUUCCUUGCUGACACCAAUUCAACUGACCUACACUCGCCACCUUUGCUUAAACCCCAAGACAUUCUCUCCGUGGUCAUUCUGGCCCUCACAUGUUUAUUGGGACUGCCAGGCAAUGGGCUGGUGCUCUGGGUGGCUGGCCUAAAGAUGAGGCGAACCGUGAACACAGUUUGGUUUCUCCAUCUCACCCUGGCCGACUUCCUCUGCUGCCUCUCCCUGCCCUUCUCCUUGGCUCACUUGAUUCUCCGAGGACACUGGCCCUACGGCUUGUUCCUAUGCAAACUUAUCCCAUCCAUCAUCGUCCUCAACAUGUUUGCCAGUGUCUUUUUACUUACUGCCAUUAGCCUGGACCGCUGUCUGAUGGUACACAGGCCAAUCUGGUGCCAGAACCAUCGGAACGUGAGGACAGCCUUCAUCAUCUGUGGAUGUGUUUGGGUGGUGGCCUUCGUGAUGUGUGUACCCGUAUUUGUAUACCGUGAUCUGUUUGUUACAGGCAAUCAUAGCAAAUGUAGCUAUAACUUUUACUCCCCCGGGUCAUUUGAUUAUUUGGACUACAUGUACAAUCCAAUGCUACCAGAAAGCAAUUCUACUGUCAACCCCACUGCUCAGCAAACUGGAAAAAUGGAUGACAGGUCAGGUCCUUCCUCAUUCCCAGCACAUGAUCUCCAUGAGACAGCUACCACUGCCCUCCGGGCACAAACAUUCCGAAGAUCUCUCGAAGAUUCAUUCCUUCUAUAUGCAGGGAGACUACCUAGUCAACAACCCCAUUAUGGUGUAGAGCCUCCUAGUGUGCUCGAACCUGUCGCACCCAGUGGGUUUCCUGUUGAAGAUCGCAAAACCAACACACGCAACGCCGAUGCUUUUCUCUCUGUUCAUAUGCAGCUUUCCUCUACUUCUUCAAGCAGUCAUUUAUACCACCCUGAGCUGUCAUAUGAUUUCCAGGAUGAUUACUUGAGCCAAUUCAUGUAUGACAAUCAUAUGUCAGCACCUCUGGUGGCGAUAACCAUCACAAGGCUGGUGGUGGGCUUCCUGGUGCCCUUCUUCAUCAUGGUAGCUUGUUACAGCCUCAUUGUCUUCCGAAUGCGAAAAACCAACUUCACCAAGUCUCGGAGUAAGACCUUUCGGGUUGCCCUAGUGGUGGUGACUGUCUUUUUUGUCUGCUGGACUCCAUACCAUAUCGUUGGAGUCCUGUUUCUGAUUCCUGACCCAGACAGUCCGUUGAAGGAAGCUGCGAUAACCUGGGACAACAUGUCCAUUGCUUUAGCAUCUGCCAAUAGCUGCUUCAACCCCUUCCUUUAUGCCCUCUUGGGGAAAGACUUUAGGAAGAAAGCAAGACAGUCCAUAAAGGGUGUUCUGGAGGCAGCCUUCAGUGAAGAGCUCACGCACUCUACCAGCUGUACCCAGGACAAGGCUUCUUCAAAAAGAUACAAUAUGAGUACCGAUGUGUGAAGAUGUGGCCCUGGAGACCUAGGUGGACAUUCUCAGGUGAAUGCUAGCAAAGGAUGACAUCUGAGCAGGACACUUUAAACGAUCUAGUGACUCUUGGAAAGAAGUCUCUGACUAGCAACAUCAGCAUCAU